CCGUGCUCGCAGUUCGCUGUGUGGUGCACUACAGGCCAGCAGCAGUGCGUCACUAAUCGCAGCGAUCAACGUUUACCCGUUAGCGCAUCAAUCAUGCUCCUUGCAACUCGACGCGUCAUCGCAACAAGCCGAUUGCUCUCGACGCGAGCUGGCGUCGGCCACAGCGGUCAUUUAUCCGCGGACAAUCUCAAGAACCAGCACGACGCGCCGGACACGACGACGGCAGGUCUCAGCGCCAAGCAGCGCUACCUGUUUGACCUGAACGGCUUCCUCGUGCUCAAGGGCGCGCUGUCGCCGGACGAAGUGAAGGCGGCCAACGAGGCCAUCGACGCGAAUAGUGAUAAGUUGCACGAGCGCAAGGGCCAGCUCCGGACGUCGGCGCUCUACGGCCGCGAGUCGAGCGCGCUGGCGGGCGACGGCGAGACGGGCCGCAUCGACGGCGGCGGCAUGUUAGGAUGGGCGGCUCCACACAGAGAACCGUUCCGGAACACGCUUGCGCACCCCAAACUAGUCGGCGCGAUGACGGACCUGAUGGGCGCCGGCUACCGCCUGGACCACUCGCCCCUCUUGCUGGCGAUGGAAAAAGGUGCCGAGGGCCACACGCUCCACGGCGGCGCCGUGACGGAGGCUGGUGAGCCCGCUUGGCCCUUGCGGUACGAGUGCGUCGGCGGCCAGAUGCGCAACCAGCUUCUCACGGUGUGCCUGCAGCUGACGCCGGCGCCAGCGGGCGCAGGCGGCUUUUGCGCCGUUCCCGGAAGCCACAAGUCGAACUUCCCGAUCCCGCCGGCGUUGGCGGACCUGGCGGACGAGGAAUUGGCCCAGUACGUGCAGCAGCCCGCGCUGGACGCGGGCGAUGUCCUGAUUUUCUCUGAGGCGACCUUGCACGGUACUUUGCCGUGGACCGCGGACCACCAGCGCCGCACGGUCAUCUACCGCUUCGCGCCGGCCGGGAGCGCUUAUGGUCGCGGCUACGUCGAAUGGCCCGCGGAGAUGCUUGCCGGUAUGAGCGAGGCGCAGCGCGCGGUCUGCGCCGCGCCUUAUCACCCGCGCAUGAAUCGGGUGUGCUUAGACGACGACGGAAACGCCGUAGAGCCGAAGCCGCGCGAAUCCUGGAAGAUAGAGUUCGACGAGAGAGUAUUUGGGCGGCGGUACUUCUAGGGCGACGGCUUCGGUGUUGCAACGUUGGUCACGUCGAGCGUUCAGGUAUUAUGUAUAUUAACAGC